AUGCAGAACUGCUACUAUCCGCUGCCUGUACAGCCGCAGUUGGCCGCCCCGAAGGACGACGAUGCGCCCAUGGAGCGGUUAGACAAGUCGCGCACCAGUUCCGACGAGAUGCGCCGACCUUUUAUGCAGUUGGGAGCCGUGAGCGGCGCUGCCGGAUCGGCGUACGUGGAGCUUGGCCGCACCCGCGUGCUUUGUGCUGUUUACGGCCCGCGGACAGACACGCGCGCACGCCGUGAGUUCAGCAAGGACGGUCAAUUAGUGUGUGACGUCAAAUACGCGCCGUUUGCGGAUAAAUUGACGCGGCGUGAACGCGGACAGGACCCGGACGAGAUGGAACUGUCAGCCAUUGUGGAGGAGGCGCUGGCACCCGCUGUGAUGCUGCACAAACUGCCCAAAUGCAUCAUAUCAGUGUUCGUGACGAUUUUGGAGGACGAUGGAGGUGUGCUCGCAGCUGCACUUAACUGCGCGUCCUUGGCACUGGCUGAUGCCGCCGUGGAGAUGUAUGACGUGGUCACGGCGUCGAGCGCGGGUAUUGUGAACGGUUCGGUGGUGUUGGACCCAAGCAGGGAAGAGGAGCAACGCGGAGAUGGCAAGCUCGCGCUGGCCUACAUGCCGUCGAUGGGACGUGUCACGUACAUGCUACAGGCCGGCAAGAUCCACCACACGCAGCUACAAGAGGCGGUGGAUCUCUGCACAGACGCAUGCACCGGCGUCAUACGGUCGCUCCUAACUGCAUCGCUCGUACAGGCGCUGUCCUGA